AUUCGACACGUGUCUUGGUUGGUACCACCCGCCUCGGCGGCGGGCUCCAUCGCUCCACUCCCUGCGUCCGUCCCGGCCGAUUGUACUUGGAUCGCACCUGAUGUCUUCUCUCUGAUUCAUCCGACUCCAUUCUUUCCGUAUGAGAGGUUUUGGGGCCGGAUUAUUCUUCCACCCUCUGAAAGUGAUUUUUUUCUCACCAUUCUUCCUUCCUCUCAUGGCUUACCGGACCCUUCUCCGAGUUCUUCCGCAAAUUUUUGGAGGUUAUCACCGGCGAUAGCAAGAUACCGUCGUCUCAAUGCGAUAAAAAUUGUUUCUUGGCAGCGUUUUUGUGUGGUUCGGCAAUGGAAAAGGAGCUAUCUUCCUUUUAGGAGACAUUCUGAGCUGAAUGAUCCUUCCGCCUUCCAAAUAUCCAGUUCUUUUUACCUUCCCUCUUCCCUCCCCUGACAUCUGCAUGUUUUGCUCAUAAUUUUGACCAUAGAUAAAAUUUUGCAAGCGUUUCGUGUGGCUUGGCAAUGGAAGAGGAGCUCUCUGCGCGUGCACCGGGCUGCCAGAAGGAUUUCUUGACGCGAUUUGGAGCUGGCGGCGGGGAACAGGGGGAGAAGAGGACGCCUUGGGGGGAUGGAGGGUCGGGAGAGACGGAGCUCAGCCUCGGUCUUUCCUUAGGCGGACGUGUUGGGCUGGAACCCAAGGAGAAGAGGCUCGUCCGGCCCUCUUCCUUCUCGACGUUUCCCACGGAGCGCGACUUCUCCGUGAAUCAUCCGGUCGCGAGAACGUGCUCCUUGCAGGCGGAGGCCGAGGUAGAGCACCGAAAGAGCAAGGAGUUGCAGGGCUUGAAGCGAUUGGAAGCCAAUGGUACUGUAGGCCGGAAAAACAAGAUCUUUGACAAGGAAUUCGCAAGGUUUCGGAACGGGGUCGUCCUUCACAGGCCACCGGCGUGGGCUGACACCGCCGGCAGAGUGGACGCAUCGAAACGCUUCGGGCUGGCAUCGCCCGUCUCGAUUGGAUCUGAGGGAAGCAGCUGCUCCAGCUUGUAUGACAUCGACAGCCAGCCAAAUCAAGGAUUAAGCAACAUCUCGGAGGUCAGGAGCUCCUUGACUGCUACAGCAUUGUCUGAUCAAAGCAUUUGUAAGCCAAAAGCUACAGUAUUAGGACAACAUGUUACCUGUGUCACCGAGGUUGAUGACCGACCAAGGAAGGCUGCACGAGGAGGACCCAAAACCAAGGUACUAGAAAAGGUGGGAAAGAAAAUGAUCCAAGACAUGCCUUGUGUUUCCACCAUAGGAGAUGGACCGAACGGAAGAAGAAUCGAAGGGUUGCUCUACAAGUACGGGAAGGGGGAGGAAGUCAAGAUUGUGUGCGUGUGCCAUGGCAGCUUCUUCAGCCCUGCUGAGUUUGUCAAGCAUGCAGGCAGCGGUGAUGUGGCUCACCCACUGAGGCACAUUGUUGUCAGUACAUUGCCAGCAAAAUUCUUGUGAUGGCUUGCCUCAUCACAUGUUGGAACCAUUUGGGUUACUUCAGAAUGGUAAAUCCCUGUAACUGGGAAGAAGCUAUCAGAAAGAACAGGGUUUCUUUUUC